CUCUAUUCUCGCGAACAUGGUUCAAUUUCUGAUAACUCAAUCAAGUACGGAAUCUUGAACAAGUCCAAGCAAUAAGAGAUAAAAUUUUCCGCAACGGUCAAGCGGCUAUAGCGAUUUUUCACUUCGUAUGCUGGCUGUUAACCCGGCCUCGGUCAUCAUGGCGGCGUCCCCGAUGAAUCGCAACAAUAGGCGAAAAUCCAUGCGAUCCGCAGUUCAGCGUGACAGCUGGGACAAAACCCCCGAGAUCUGCGGAUCUCCCUCGCCUAAUUAGGCUUGUAGAUGCUUAUCUGGCCAUCAUGUACAAUGCCGACAUGACGUAUACCUCUCAUCGGAGUGGCCGGAUAGGCCAAAGCUAUUUCCAGACUCCAGAGCCGUGAGCAGUGGCUUUCGAGAACAUUCUCCUUCGCAGUCCAGGAAAGUCUAGAGAACGCCUCAGUCUUCAUCGCAAGCGUGAAGGCAGACUCACCGUCCCAAUAAAAGGUGGAGGGAAGAUAUAUCGACGACCUCGAUGCGUCUAUCAGCCUCUAGGCACCCAUCCACCCCGCCCCUAUCUCGUCGAGAGAUGGACCUAGAUUCAGAAGAUCCGUUUUGAGGCGAAACGUGCUCCUCCAUUCCAUCACUAUGCUCCGACGCAACGAACUCGACCGGCCCAUAUCCUAUUCACCACAGUAUGCGGAAAGUGACACAGGCUACCAUCGCACGCCCUCGCUGUAGCUUGGCUGAUGUGACCUGUCCACCGUCGCGCUGUCGACAAGGCUCCACGAUAGGACCUGCCCGGCCGACCGGACUAGCUCUGGAGGACAGACCACUUGUACAAUUCUGUCGGAAAUCCCGUCACCACGAUGUAGCAGGAAAGUAUCAGGGCGUCGUCCGAAUCAAUAGCAUGCUGAGACUAGGCUUUCAGUUCAUUCCCAAGUGCAGGAAGUGCAGAAAUCCGCUCACCUGUGCAAGGACGAAUAUCUCAAACCUAAACGACGAUACGACGCACAUGUGGCCUCGCACUCAUCGAUUCUCCCUUGAUCCUCAUUCCCGCUCAAUGUGUGGUGGACAGGCCAGGAUAUCGAUGGCACGGGAGUUUUCAUCAUCGACCCGUACACUCGGAUGCACGCUCCUACCGACGGCACAAGCAUCUCGUUCGUCUGCGCUAUAACGUCUUCGCCGGUCGACAACCGCGAUACGGGAGACGGUACAGCUGAAGAGCGUCCCGGUCGGAGCUAGACAGGCCCGAAGGUCCAGUCGCGCAUAUAUUGGGCUUUGUGCUGGUGGAGUGUCAAAUGGAGACCGUCGAAAGGGUUGUAAGAGCGACUUGCAUGUGAUGGGGGAAACGGUGUUGACUCUCAGCAGUCCGGUGUCCACAGCCGCUUACGAAUGGUGCACUAUUCAUGCCACUAGCUGCUCUCUCUUCGGCGUUCUCCAAAUCCCCUGGUGAGUGCGUUGCAGAUGCAUAUAUGCGCCGUGGCUGGUACGAUUGGGCGGCCCGAUGAACAUGGCACCCGGUGCCCAAGACCCUUCUCCAUGGCACAGAGACCUCCGAUCGUGUCACUGCCGCAUGUGGAAGUAAUGCGAAGCUGCCGCUUGGCGAAGAGGGAUGAGAGCCUGAGAUCGUGUGCCAUGAGGCACGAGUCAACUGUGAAGGAUCCCGUGCGAGACUGAGUGCGUACAUUUGGUGCUCGUGGACUGGAAGAGGAGGAAUCUCACGAGCGCGAUGCUGGCGGAUUGAAGUGGUGUAUUUGUAACAGUGCAAAGGCUGCAAAGGUGUGGCAAAGUCAGAGUCAGACAGACCCCCCAGUAGUGUCACUCGUGACAGCGGAGUCUAUUUGCAACUAGAUAUCUGUUUCCACAGGUGAAAGGAUAUAAAUCAUUGCGGUGCCUGUUUUUCCAUUGGAAAAUUGUCAUGAUCCCGGUAGGAAGCUUACAGAUCCUCUGCAUGCCAUAUCCUUUCAUUUAUCUCUCUCACUGAGGGAGUGAAAAUUCAUGCGGGCGCGCCAUGACGUCUCGCACCAUGCUAGUACACAAAUGCGAAAUUCCGCUGAUUGCGAUUUUAGAAACCAAGAAAACUGGACGAAUCAAAGCAAAUAGCUCGAAGACACUUGAAGCACGAGAUACUGGAGAAGCCCGUAUAUGCAAAAUAUUAAACUCAUAUAUUAUAUUUGUUUGCUCAUUUAAUUAUAUUUCUCAUUUUGAGGUGACUGGGAAAUAUGCACCGAAA